CAGGAUUUUAUGAUGCUGCCUGGUAGAGGUAUAAAAACAAGCUAAGAAAAAAAAGACAUAUGGAAAAUUACACUUUACAGUAGAUUGAUGGCCUCUAAAACUCCAGUUGGUUUUAUUGGAAUGGGAAGCAUGGGAACACCCAUGGCUAAGAACUUACUGAAACAUGGAUAUCCUGUUAUUGCCACUGAUGUUGAGUCCUGCAAAGAAUUACAAAUGUCAGGAGCAAAGAUUCUGGAUUCCCCAGCUGAGGUAGCAGAAAAGGCAGACCGCAUAAUAACUAUGCUUCCAUCCAGCCCAAAUGUCAUUGAAGUCUACACUGGACCAAGUGGUAUCCUCAAGAUUGUAAAGAAGGGCACACUGCUUAUUGACUCGAGCACUAUAGACCCUGGUUCCAAUGAAAUGUCCGUGGCUGCAGAAAAGAUGGGUGCGGUAUUCAUGGAUGCUCCCGUCGCAGGAGGUGUUGGUGCUGCAAGUCUUGCUCAACUCACAUUUAUGGUGGGUGGAGUGAAGGAGGAAUUUAAUGCAGCUCAGGAGCUGCUUACAUGUAUGGGAGCUACUGUAGUUUACUGUGGACCAGUUGGUACUGGACAUGCUACAAAAAUUUGCAACAACAUGCUGCUUGCUAUUGGAAUGAUUGGAACAGCAGAAACCAUAAACCUUGGAAUCAGGCUAGGCUUGGACCCAAAGCUGCUGGCUAGGAUUCUGAAUAUGAGCUCUGGUCGAUGUUGGUCCAGUGACAUGUAUAACUCAGUACCUGGUGUAAUGAACAACUACCAGGGGGGCUUCGGAACAACCGUGAUGGCUAAGGACCUGGGUUUGGCACAGAACUCUGCCACCAAAACACGUACCUCAAUACCUCUUGGUUCCUUGGCUCACCAGUUGUAUCGCAGCAUGUGUGCUUGUGGCUAUUCUAACAAAGACUUUUCUUCUGUGUUCCAGUUUCUUCGAGAAGAUGAGGGACAGUAG